AUGGCGCAGGGUACGGAGAUCCUAAUUACCGGCGCAGCCGGGUUCAUAGGACAAGUGCUCGCAGCAGCACUGCUCGAAUCAUCAUCAGACAUCACGCUGGUCUUGACGGACGUAACAGAACCUGCUGUUCCCGAAGCUGCCUCUCAGCACGCAAGCCGAGUAAAAUCCACCAGCAGCGACUUGACCGACCCCAAUGCUGUGGCAUCUCUUCUUUCGACACCGUUCAAGGCCGUCUACCUCCUCCAUGGGUUGAUGUCAGGCGGAGCAGAAGCCAACCUGGAGCUGGGCUGGCGUGUAAAUUGGGAUAGCCACAGAUCCAUAUUGGACCAUCUGCGGACACAUCAGAAAGGAACCGUGGUCAUAUUCCCUAGCUCGCUUGCUGUCUACGGGCCCACCGGUCCUGGCGAGAUCACGAGCGAAUCCACCAACCCGCUGCCACAAUCGUCAUACGGCGCCCAGAAACUCAUGGUGGAAACAUAUCUUAACGACUUCUCAAGGCGAGGCCUCCUUGAUGGACGUAUAGUCCGCCUCCCAACAGUUGUCGUGCGGCCAGGUGCGCCCUCCGCGGCUGCAAGCUCCUUCGCCAGCGCCAUCAUCCGUGAGCCACUACGGGGUGAGAAGAGCAUACUUCCAGUCUCGCGAGACUUGGAGAUGUGGGUGUGCAGUCCCAAGACUGUGGUCGCGAAUCUGAUUCGGAUCAAGGAUGUCCCCAAGGAGAAGUUUGGCUUGAGCAGAGUUACCAACCUCCCCGGAAUCACUGUGACGGUCCAGCAAAUGUUGGAUGCACUUCAGAAAGUAGGAGGAAGCGAGGCAAUAAAGCUAAUCGAGGAGGAAAGAGACCCAAAAGUCGAGGCUAUUGUGGGCAGCUGGCCAGCUAGAUUCGACACGUCAAGGGCGCAAGGACUGGGCUUGGAUGCGGAUCAGUCACUGGUGGAUACCGUCAACGAAUUCUGUCAAAGUUUGGGAGUUCUGUGA